AUGGCAACUGCCAAGUUGCCCGCGGUGCCUGAGGAGGAAACCACCAUCCUCAUGACCAAGGAAGAGCUGGAGGCCCUGCGCUCAGCCUUCGAGUCUGGCGACAUCCCUCAGGCUGCCUCACGCCUCCGGGAGCUGCUGGCUAACUCAGAGAGCACCCGGCUGGAGGUGGGCGUCACGGGCGAGUCGGGAGCCGGCAAGUCGUCCCUCAUCAAUGCUCUGCGUGGCCUCGGGGCCGAGGAUCCUGGUGCAGCUCUCACUGGCGUCGUGGAGACCACCAUGCAGCCUUCGCCUUACCCGCACCCGCAGUUUCCCGACGUGACCCUGUGGGACCUGCCGGGGGCCGGUUCUCCAGGCUGCUCAGCAGACAAAUACCUGAAGCAGGUGGAUUUCGGACGCUAUGACUUCUUCUUGCUCGUCUCCCCACGCCGCUGCGGGGCCGUGGAGAGCCGCCUGGCCGCGGAGAUCCUGCGCCAGGGGAAGAAGUUCUACUUCGUGCGCACCAAGGUGGAUGAAGAUCUGGCGGCCACCCGCAGCCAGCGGCCCUCGGGCUUUAGCGAGGCCGCCAUCCUCCAGGAGAUCCGCGAUCACUGCGCGGAGCGGCUGCGGGCGGCCGGCGUGAAUGAUCCACGCAUCUUCCUGGUGUCCAACCUGUCGCCGGCCCGCUAUGACUUCCCGUUACUCGUGUCCACCUGGGAGCACGACCUGCCCGCCCACCGUCGCCAUGCCGGCCUGCUGUCCCUGCCUGACAUCUCGCUGGAGGCCCUGCAGAAGAAGAAGGACAUGCUACAAGAGCAAGUACUGAAGACGGCCUUGGUGUCCGGGGUCAUCCAGGCCCUGCCCGUGCCAGGACUGGCAGCCGCCUACGACGACGCCCUGCUCAUCCGCUCUCUGCGCGGCUACCAUCGCAGCUUCGGCUUAGACGACGACUCGCUGGCCAAGCUGGCUGAGCAAGUGGGCAAGCAGGCAGGGGACCUGCGUUCCGUCAUCCGCUCCCCUCUGGCCAACGAGGUCUCACCGGAGACUGUCCUGCGACUCUACUCGCAGUCUUCGGACGGAGCCAUGCGGGUGGCCCGUGCCUUCGAGAGGGGCAUCCCUGUGUUCGGCACUCUGGUGGCCGGGGGCAUCAGCUUCGGCACGGUCUACACCAUGCUCCAGGGCUGUCUGAACGAGAUGGCUGAGGACGCCCAACGCGUCCGCAUCAAAGCCCUGGAGGAAGACGAACCCCAGGCUGAAUUGGCCUUGGAGGCGGCUGGUGACCCUGGAGUGGAAAAGCGGGCCUCCGGGGAGGGAAGCUGCGAGGAAGCCCCGUUGUCCACCCGCAGGAAGCUCGGCCUCCUCCUCAAGUACAUUCUUGACAGCUGGAAGAGACGUGACUUGUCAGAAGACAAAUGA